AUGUCUAUACAGUUACCGAAGACUAGGGUGCCUAGUGGGCAUGGCUCAGGUGCAGGACAUGGAUCAGGAUCUGGAGGAAGAGCUUCAUCCAUCCACAACAUUUCCAACAAAGGUAGACAAAUACUGAAGAGAAUUAACUCAGGAUCAUCGGCACAGGGAGGAAGGAUAGUCAGUGGACGUGGUGAGCUUUUCAGAUCUGGUGGACCAGACUUGGAAGAUGCUAUACACUUCGAUGAGAACAAGAAGACCAUCUUGUCUAAUUUUGAAGAAUGGAUAAAAUUGUCCACAGAUAACAAAAUUACUAGUAAAAACUCAUGGCAAAUUGCUCUUAUUGAUUAUUUCAAAGAUCUAAAUGUCAUUAAGGAUGGAGAAAACAUCAAUUUCCAGAGAGCUAGUGCCACCUUGGAUGGGUGUGUGAAGAUUUAUCUGAGCAGAGUUGAGAGUGUUGCCACGGAAACAGGGAAAUUGUUAAGUGGGUUGAGUAAAAAGAAAGGAGAGGAUGAAGCUGCAGAUGGUGAUGGAGAAAGUGGUGACGAUGAGGAUGGUGAUGAUGGUGAAGGGACCAACGGAGCCAACGGUGACGCUGCUCUGGGAGAAGUUGGCUUGGAUGGAAGAAAGAAAAGGAAAAUGAAUCGAGUCUUGGAAUCCACUAUAGUUGAUUUUGAAACGAUCAGAGUUAAGAAAUUGGACCAAGAGUUGGCCAUAGAUCCUUUAUUCAAAAAGGCAUUGGCAGAAUUUGAUGAAGGUGGUGCCAAGAGCUUGUUGUUGAAUACUUUAAGCGUUGAUCUGAGCGGGAGGGUGGUGUUUGAUGCUGUGAGAGAAGGAAGUAAUACAUCGGAUAAAGAUGGAGAAACUGAAGCUGAAGCUGAAGGUAUGAUGGAAGACGUAGAAACCGUGCAAAAAAGCCGACCCAUAUACUCCAACAAUCCUAUAGAUAUAAAUUCCCUUUCUAAGUUUAUUUUCAAUGACGAUACGCAAGAUUUUGACAAUCUUGCUAUUUGUCCCUCGUUGGGCGAGUUAGAAUUGGUACUUUCAGACAUAAAUAAAGCUAAAAAGGUUCUAGGUGAUGUCAACAAUCGAUUCUUAGAUGACGAGACAAAUGAGAGAAGAUCUAGAGAACAGCUGCCAUUUGUAUUUCCAGGGUAUGAUUUUGAUGAUGAUGCAGAUCUUGGUCCUGGAGAUGAAGAUAACGAUCUUUCUAACCAUUUCGAUGAAACCAUUGUAAGGCUGGUUCUUUACAAAGAUGAUGAUGAAAAUCGCGAGAAUGGUGGGCAACAAGACGAAGAAAACUUUGAAUAUGAAGAGAAGACUGUGCUUGACAGAGACUUGAUGGCAUAUUUUGAUGACAACAUGAAGAACAAUUGGAGAGGGCCUGAGCAUUGGAAAGUUGCCAAUAUCAGAAAGAAAAUGGAUAUUAUUCCAGGACAAGCUCCGAAUUUGAGUCAGAAUCCAGGACUGGUUGUUGGUGCUAAGGCAGUCGAGAAGAAAAAGAAUCUCGAAAUUGACUUUUUCCAGCAACAAGAUGACGAAUUGGAAGAAAAACUAUUCGAGUUACCCAAAAAUAUUCUUAGUACAACGCUCAGACCGGAACAAAGAGUUAAUGAGAACCAUAAUAGGCUACCAGAGGAUAUUCAGUACAAUUCUCUGAGGUUGACGAAUUUAUUCCUCAAGAAGCAAAAUACCGUAAUGCAAUUUGUAAGAAAGGAAAAGAAGCAAGGAAGUGAUGUAUUAACUGAUGAAAAUUUCUUUUCUGAAAAGUAUAAGGAGGCGGAAAAUGAACAACAAAAUGAAGCUCGGAAUGAUGAAAAAGAUAAUCCAUUUUAUGACGAUGGUGACGAUGACUAUGGCGGGAUUGACUUUAAUGAUGCCAUAAGUUUAGCACAGGGUAAUGAUGAAGAAGGGGGAGUAAUUAAAAAGGAAAAUACCCCAGAGACACAACAAUUGAUAGGUGGAGGAAGAAAAGGUAGACCAGAAUAUGUAAACUUCUCAAGAAUUGCCAAGAGGGUUGAUGUCAGGUUGUUGAAGGACAAUUUAUGGAGAGCCAUAAAGAAGGAGAGCCCAGAAGAGGAGAAAACAACAGGAAUGGAAGAAGAGGAUGAUGUGGAAGACAAGACUAAAAAUGAAAAUGAAACAGAAAACACAAAUGAAAACAAACCUGAUCCUAAUCUUGAUACAGAGAAAGCGGAUAUCAAGCAGUUUUCGGAUGUCAUUUCUUCUAUAGGUGGAAUGUAUGCUUCAGAACAGAAGAAAGACCUUAGUACCAGUUUUUGUUUCAUUUGUUUAUUGCAUUUAGCGAAUGAGCAUGGAUUAAGCAUUUCAUCCAACGACAACAAUGACAAUCUACAGAUUAAGGGAUUUUAG